CAUCAAAAGUUCGACAUCCAAGAUAAAUUUUGGCUCUGAAAAAGCUGGACCGUUCUAUAAUCGAUUGAUUUCCUGGUUAAAGUGGCUCGAAACCAGAUCAAAUCACCUCGAAAGGAUUGGCAAUUGUCAGUGCAAUCGAUUGCGGGUACUGAGAUUCGUUUUGGUUUUCGAGCGGCUCCGGUAGAUUGAAUUCUUUUUCGGGCUUUGGCAAACACGGAUCGCUGUUGCUGCUGUUGGAUGUUUGCUAUCGUUCUUCGCUAGCAGUACGAAUGAAGAAAAUUCGGAAAACGGAACUUUUGCGGACAUCCCGAAAAAACAAGUAACUGGUCCGUGCGGCAACUGCUCGCAGUUAAGAAGUGAAAGCAGUACUUAUUUUGGAAAUGAAUGGAUCUUACGAUGGAGGCAAAUCCUCCAGUUCAUCGUCAUCAUCGUCAUCCGGUGGUGGUGCUGGAACAUCGGAAAUUCCCGCCAGUGGACAACCCUCGCUAUCAAAAGCUCCACGUAAUUACAAGCUUAUAGCGGACCCUUCCAUACACAAAGGAGUACCUACUAAAAUCUACAGAUACGACGGAAUCGUUCCUGGCGAUCCAACUUAUCCUCCUGUUAUCCCAAGGGAUCCCAGAAACCCGCUGUCAAGAAUUCGGUCAAGAAUCGAAGUAUGCGAUUUAAUUGUUCCAAGGUUCAAAAUUGACCAAAACUACAUCGGUGAGCCUCCGGCGAUUGAAAUUACUAUUACCAACCUAAAUGACAACAUUGAUAAGCCUUUUCUUUCCGACCUGUUGGCCAAGUAUGGAACCUACACUGAAUUGUACAUUUACUAUCAUCCAACAACCCACAAACACCUGGGUGUGGCUCGAAUCGUUUUCGAACAAGUACGUUCAGCACGAAUCUGCGUGGAAAAACUCAACGGUGUAUCGGUGAUGGGCAAAGUGUUGAAGGUGUUCAAAGAUGCUUUCGGCGAAGAGUGCAAACGCAUACUAGAGGAUUUGACGGCCGAAAAAAAGAAAACGGAUCCACGUCCAGCUCCACCUCAGCCUCCACCGCCUUCGUCAUCUUAUGGAGCAUCGGGCUAUACUAAAUCCGGCGCAGCUCCUCCUCCACCGCCACUUCCACCGGCUCCGAAUACUUCGUCUAGUAGUUACAAUCGCAAAGAUCGGUUAUAUGAUGAAGAUACCUGGGAUAGUGAGGAUUCAUCUUCUCGUCGGAAAUCUUCUUCAAAAGCAAAUGCUUUGGCCAACGAGGAAGACAUGUGGGAUACCGGAGAAUGUUCCGGUAGCGGAGGAAACAGCUUGGAUUCAAGUUACACUCAUAAAGAAAAAUAUUCCAGCUCGGGUUCUAAAGGCAGCAGCAGUCAUUACGAUGAGCGUGAUGAUGAUAAUCGUGGUCGGGACAAGUAUUACGAUCGUAAAGAUGGUCGAGAAUGGAGACAUCAUCACAAGGGUGAUCGACGAGACCGGGACCGAGAUUGGAGGGAAAAAGAAAAGGAAAGGGAGCGCGAUAAAGAGAAGGAAAGGGACCGUGAGAGAGAAAAGGAAAGAGAACGUGAACGGGAGCGAGAUCGCGAACGAGAAAGAGAACGUGAACGAGAACGAGAUCGUGACCGUGAUCGGGAACGUGAUCGAGAUCGUGACGGCAAAUGGGAAAGAGGUGGUCGGGAUCGAUUCGGCAGGGACAGAGACAACCGACGGCGGCAACAAAAGGGUGGCGAAUAUUGGGACUCUAGCAGUUACGCGACGAAUCCGAAUUAUCCAACCGGAGGGCGUUAUUCUCAAUACGAUUACUAUGGCUAUGGAGCGUCCGAUUACGGUCAUUACGGUUAUCCGUUGCCACCCUCGGCACCAAGUUACAUGGCUCAAACGCCGUCAACGUCGUGGGCGCCUCCACCUCCACCAGAUGAAAAACCUAAAGCACCACCACCGCCUCCAAAGGAAAAGUCAGUUCUAGAUGACUCGGACAUGUGGGACUUCGGAGAUUCCAACGAUGCUCCACCGAAACCUCCUGCCACACCACCCCCGAUUCCAACAGAACCAAUCAAAAGCGAAGGGAUCAAUGAGGAUGAUAGUGCUUCUGGUUUAGAUUUGGACACUCGAAUUGCGCUUAUGUUCAAAGAUAAAACCUUCGGGGCUGCACCUUUUCUGCAGCUAAGUGAUGGUGAAGAAGACGAUAAAAAAGAAGAGGGAGAGACGGCUGAUAAAACGAAAUCUACAGUCAAAAAAGAAAUCAAGGAAGAACGUCCACCAAGUCCAGCUGAAGAAGUUUGCAUUAAAAAAGAAAUCAAACUCGAAGCACCCAAAGAAGAAGGUGCUAGUGACAUUUCUUCCACUGACGAUGAAAUUCUUGCUAAGGAACCUACACCUCCAGCAAUAAGCAAACCAUUCAUGGAAGACAUCAUAAAACGCGACAAUGACCAAAUGUCCUUGUCUAGUCUAUCAUCCACUGAAGGCAAACAGGACGAUCUAGCAGCUCCUCCACUACCUUCAGAUCCUGUGCCAGAUGUUCCACCACCUCCGGCACCGACAGAAGGUUCGUUUUCUUACGUUUAUCCUCCCGGAAUCGGACCCAGCAUGGGCUAUCCUCCAGCCCCUCCAGGAACCGAUCCUUCGUACUACUACAGUCAAUCAUAUUCUCAAAGUUCGUAUCAGCAAUAUCAACAGUCAGGGUACUACCAAAACAGUUACAUGCAUCCUUACAUGUCCGGAUUUUCAGGAGCCUAUCCGUAUCCUGUACCACCCAAUGCAAAUGAAUACUAUCCAGCCGGUAGGAAAUAUCCGCAAGAAGAAGAACGCUCACGGUCCUAUUCCAAUUCGCUAAGGGAUCGUGAAUUGGAGCGUAAAAAGCGAAAUCGCUACGACGAAGCAAUCUCUGCGGUAAUAGAUCGUGUAACAGCCGAGUUGAAGCAAAUUUUGAAAAAAGAUUUCAACAAGAAAAUGAUUGAAAACACUGCGUACAAAAAAUAUGAAGCCUGGUGGGAUGAGGAAGAGCAAAAAAGUAAGGGGAAGGUAAAGAGUGUUAUGAACGAUAUUACUCCCCUAGUUAACUCCAAAGUAGAUAAGGCUCCGGAUAUCAAUCAACUUCUCAACCAAACGUACGAUAACUUGGACAGCAAUAGCAGCUACAUGGGACUGGGCUUACGAGCAACGAUUCCAAAAAUGCCAAGCUUCCGUAGAAUAAGAAAGCAGCCAAGUCCUGUCCCACAGGAUGAAGAUUCUAGGCGGAGCGAUCAGGACGAUAUGGUACAAGGAUCUGAUUCCGAAAAAGAAACUGACCUACAAAUUCAAAAACCCAAAACACCGCCUCCCUCAAGUUCGUCCACAAUUGUUCCUAUAUCACGAAAUUCUUCCAACUCUGCAGUGUCCCGAACGGAGAAACGAAAAAACAGUGCUUCAUCCUUCUUCACAUCUUCAAGUGAGGAAGAAAGCAGUGCAAGUGAUUCGGAAGAAAGUUCCGACUCUGGUUCCAUCACCGAUGUGGAAAUGUAUGCCAAUAGAAAACAACAACAGUCUUCUUCUAGAGAAAAACGUGAGAAAAGGAUAUACUCGGAUUCCGACAGCGAAGAGGAGUUGGAACAAUCUACUAGUAAAUUUUCGCUUCCAUCUUCCAGCGCUGGGUCGCGUAACAAAACCAAAAUUUAUUCUGAUUCCGAUUCCGACGAUGUCAGUAAACCUCCCCGUAAAGAAAUACUUCCACCAGUUUCAACUGAAAAGGCUCGCAGUCGAAGUCCAGAUUCAUUGACUCCGAAAGCUCCGAGUACACCGCCGCUUCCACCGCCAGAAUCUGCUUCGCGACUUCCACUCGAACAGUUGCAUGAAGAACUUUCGCCGGAUGCUGACGCAAGUCCUCCACCUCAGCAGCCUCCUAGAACACCAGGGCGCGAAUCUCCUAAAAAAUCUCUCUAUGAACUUGAUCGUAUCUACAGCGAUUCGGAAGAAGAACGCGAAUAUCAAGAAAAGCGAAGGCGAAAAGCCGAGUAUUUGGAACAAAUUGAACGCGAAUUUCAAGAAGAACAGGCUCGGCUUGCAUUGGAGAAAGAAGAACAAGCUAAAGCAUUGGCUGAGGCGUCACCGGUUGAAGAUUCGAAAAAACCAACAGCCAAAGGUGGUAUCCGAAACAAGAAAAAUACAACUGUUGUGUUACCCGAGAAAGCUCCUAGUCCUGGCGAUCCUAUCACUCCAAUUUGCAGUCAACCACCACCAACACCUGGAGCAGGUUUACUUGAGACCUGUAACGAUCCGUUGAGUGUUGUUGCGACAGCAAGUCCUUCGAAGACUGGUAAAAAGAGAAAAGCAGAAAAACCACCAAAAGUCAAAAAGGCUAAAGCUAUUCGAAAAACAAAGGAAACCAAUGGCAUUGCAGCUAAUCUUGAACCACCUUCUUUGGCUACCGAUCUGCCUUCUGUGUCGGAAACCGUUUUAUGCACUCCGCCAGCCGAAACAGCCAUUAUUGGUCCUCCAGCACCUUCAGCUAUUCAUCCACAGUUAAGUUCGUCAGAAGACUUUUUCUCGGCAGAAGAAGAGGCAGCUCGACGAGCCGCCAAAGCAUCUCCUGCUUCUUCCGAUGGUGGAUCCAGCCAAGCUAGUCAAGUUGCAUUAGAUCAUUGCUAUUCACUACCGCCAUCUGCAUCUCCCUCGUCUUCCUCGUCCCAUCAUCAGUCAGAUUCUUCAGCGCCGGUCGCCAAAUCUGGCCAGAAAUAUGCACCCACAUCCAACGCCCUCGUGCAUGAUCACGGGUAUACGAACAACGACGAUGUUGCAGCUGCACCCGGUACCCCUGGCGCAACCAACCUCAAUCCUUCGCAACCGAAACCAGAAACGCCUCUCAUCCUUACCCCAUCGGCAUCAUCUGCACUGUCAUCUGUCCCAUCGUCAUCAUCUCGUCCAGUAGGGCGACCCAAGAAAGAUCCUAGUGCCCCCAAAGGCAAACAUAAAAAGAAGGCUGAGAAGUCAUCGAUCACUGCUCAACUUUCUACCGCUGGCGCUUCUAUGUCACAGGCUCUCUUCCCCUACAACGCUUCUUUUACACCGUUGGCCAAGUAUCGUGCGCGGGAUAUUCGAGCAGAAAUGUCCAUCCUCUAUGAAUUUCUUACCCGUGGAAUCGAUACCGAAGAUAUUCAGUACAUCAAACAAAGCUACGAAAUGUUGCUAAGUGACGAUACCAACAAUUACUGGCUGAAUGCUACCCAUUGGGUUGACCACUGCACAACCGACCGGAACUUCUUGGCACCUCCAACCAAAAAGCGUAAAAAAGAUAAAGAAUACGUCACGGAUAUCAAACAGCACUCAACAGGUUCGGCACGAACUCAAGGGUUCUAUAAAAUUGACCCCCGAGAGAAAGCUAAAUACAAAUACCAUCAUCUCAAGGGAACGCCAGCGGCCAACCGUCUUAGCAAUUUAGAAACAGUCAAAGCAGCCGCUAAGAUGCAAGGUCUAUCGCGAGAAGCCCGCUCAAACCAACGACGGUUGUUGACAGCUUUUGGCGCUAGCACAGAAUCCGAAUUGCUCAAGUUCAAUCAGCUGAAAUUCCGCAAGAAGCAGUUGAAAUUCGCCAAAUCGGCUAUCCACGACUGGGGACUGUUUGCCAUGGAACCGAUUGCGGCCGAUGAGAUGGUUAUCGAAUAUGUCGGUCAAAUGGUGCGACCUUCAGUGGCCGACCUGCGAGAAACUAAGUACGAAGCGAUCGGCAUUGGUAGCUCCUAUCUGUUCCGUAUCGAUAUGGAAACGAUCAUCGAUGCCACCAAGUGUGGAAAUUUAGCGCGGUUCAUCAACCAUAGUUGCAAUCCAAACUGCUACGCCAAAGUCAUCACGAUCGAGUCCGAGAAAAAAAUCGUCAUAUAUUCAAAACAACCGAUCGGAGUGAACGAGGAGAUCACCUACGACUACAAGUUCCCCUUGGAAGACGAGAAAAUUCCCUGCCUAUGCGGUGCACCUGGCUGCCGUGGAACCCUAAAUUAGAAACCUGUAUGGAAAAAGAACGGAGUUUCGCCUUGCUUAUUUCGCUGCGAACACUGUGUGCGUGUAUGUGUGCGUCAUCGGCAUGACGUUGUAAAUAAGCUGAAAAUAGUUGCCCAUUGGCGCGUGAUGUUGUAGGUAUUCUCAAUUGCGUAUGUGGAACCAGAAUGCUCAUUUAGUAAUUUAAUAAUCGGACAAAGGCAGAUCAGAGGACAGAAAGAAACUGUGAAACAGAACACUAAUAGGAACAAUUUAGUACUUUAUUGUAUGAAAGGAUUUUUUUUCUGAAAGAACCUUCCAGUGCCUGAAUAGGGUUCUUGACUUGUUUUCUUUUUUCGUGCGGGUUUGGUCUACUUUACAAGCUGUUUUGUAUUUUGACCAUUAGCACGGUACCGGAAAUUGUGAUGAACUUAGUACUCUCAGUUGUGCAAAGAUUUGUUAAGCGACAUUACGGCGUGUUUUAUUAUAAUAUGGUAUUGAUAAGUGGCUCAGAAAUGAACCUCCAAUAAAAAAAAACCUUUCCAUGAUAAAAAACAAUGAAAAU